CUGCCCCCCGCAGUCCAUUCGGGUCCCUCCACCACACUCCGCUCGGACCCGAGGCCGCCGCGCUGUCGCCGCGGACGAGUGUCCCGCGGCGCACCCCUCCCGCCACGCCGUCCGUCGGGCAUGGACUCGGGCCGGGACUUCCUGACCCUGCACGGCCUACAGGAUGACAAGGACCUACAGGCACUGCUGAAGGGUGGCCAGCUCUUGAAGGUGAAGUCCAGCUCAUGGCGGAGAGAACGCUUCUACAAGCUGCAAGAAGACUGCAAGACCAUCUGGCAGGAGUCCCGCAAGGUCAUGAGGACCCCGGAAUCCCAGCUGUUCUCCAUCGAGGACAUCCAGGAGGUGCGGAUGGGGCACCGCACAGAGGGCCUGGAGAAGUUUGCUCGGGAUGUGCCUGAGAACCGCUGCUUCUCCAUCGUCUUCAAGGACCAGCGCAGUACUCUAGACCUCAUUGCCCCAUCACCAGCCGAUGCCCAGCACUGGGUGCAGGGCCUGGGCAAGAUUAUCCACCACUCGGGCUCCAUGGACCAGCGGCAGAAGCUGCGACACUGGAUUCAUUCCUGCUUGCGAAAAGCUGACAAAAACAAGGACAACAAGAUGAGCUUCAAAGAGCUACAAAACUUUCUGAAGGAGCUCAACAUCCAGGUGGACGACAGCUAUGCCCGAAAGAUCUUCAAGGAAUGUGACCACUCUCAGACAGACUCGCUGGAGGAUGAGGAGAUCGAGACCUUCUACAAGAUACUGACCCAGAGGAAGGAGAUUGACCGCACCUUCGAGGAGGCCACGGGCUCCAAGGAGACCCUGUCGGUCGAUCAGUUGGUGACCUUCUUGCAGCACCAGCAGCGGGAGGAGGCGGCGGGGCCUGCACUGGCUCUCUCCCUCAUUGAGCGCUAUGAACCCAGCGAGACGGCCAAGGCGCAGCGUCAGAUGACCAAGGACGGCUUUCUCAUGUACCUGCUCUCGGCUGACGGCAGCGCCUUCGACCUGGCGCACCGGCGCGUCUACCAGGACAUGGACCAGCCGCUCAGCCACUACCUGGUGUCGUCCUCGCACAACACCUACCUGCUGGAAGACCAGCUCACCGGUCCCAGCAGCACAGAAGCCUACAUCCGGGCGCUGUGCAAAGGCUGCCGCUGCCUGGAGCUCGACUGCUGGGAUGGGCCCAACCAGGAGCCGAUCAUCUAUCAUGGCUACACCUUCACCUCCAAGAUCCUCUUCUGCGACGUGGUCAGGGCCAUCCGGGACUACGCCUUCAAGGCAUCCCCCUACCCCGUCAUCCUGUCCUUGGAGAACCACUGCAGCCUGGAGCAGCAGCGCGUGAUGGCACGACACCUGCGCGUCCUCUUGGGGCCCAUGCUAUUGGAUCGGCCAUUGGAUGGGGUUGUCACCAGCCUGCCUUCCCCUGAGCAACUGAGGGGGAAGAUCUUGCUCAAGGGGAAGAAGCUUGGCGGGCUCUUCCCACCUGGAGGAGAAGGCGGCCCAGAGGCCACUGUGGUGUCAGACGAGGAUGAGGCUGCUGAGAUGGAGGACGAGGCGGUGAGGAGCCAAGUGCAGCACAAGUCCAAGGAGGACAAGCUCAGGCUAGCAAAGGAACUCUCCGACAUGGUCAUUUACUGCAAGAGCGUCCACUUUCGGGGCUUCCCCAGCCCUGGCACCUCUGGGCAGGCUUUCUAUGAGAUGUCAUCCUUCUCUGAGAACCGCGCCCUCCGACUGCUCCAAGAAUCAGGAAACAGCUUUGUCCGCCACAACGUGGAUCACCUGAGCAGGAUCUACCCCGCUGGGUGGAGAACAGACUCCUCAAACUACAGCCCCGUGGAGAUGUGGAAUGGGGGCUGCCAAAUCGUGGCCCUGAACUUCCAGACUCCUGGGUCAGAGAUGGAUGUAUACCAGGGCCGCUUCCUGGACAAUGGGGCCUGUGGGUACGUGCUGAAGCCUGCCUUCCUGCGAGACCCUAACUCCACCUUCAACUCCCGUGCCCUGGCCCAGGGCCCCUGGUGGACUCCAAAACGACUCAAUGUCAGGGUCAUCUCAGGGCAGCAGCUGCCAAAAGUCAACAAGAAUAAGAAUUCAAUCGUGGACCCCAAGGUGACAGUGGAGAUCCAUGGCGUGAGCCGGGACAUGGCCAGCCGCCAGACUGCUGUGGUCACCAAUAAUGGUUUCAACCCAUGGUGGGACAUGGAGUUUGAGUUUGAGGUGGCUGUGCCUGAGCUUGCCCUCGUGCGCUUUGUGGUGGAGGACUAUGAUGCCUCCUCCAAGAACGACUUCAUUGGCCAGAGCACCAUCCCCUUGAAAAGCCUCAAGCAGGGAUACCGCCACAUCCACCUCCUCUCCAAGAACGGAGACCAGCACCCGUCUGCCACCCUCUUUGUGAAGGUGGCCCUCCGGGACUAGGCUCGGGUCUGGUGAGGGCUGCCCUGAGCAGACUGGACCCUCUGUCUAUGUCUGGGGGCCCGAUGGGGGCUGUCCCAGCCACUCGCUCAGAGCCGGCAGCCCCGCACCGCCUUCAGCUCCAGCCUCCUGUCUGCUGCUGCCUCUCAGGAGCCCAGGUGCUGGCCCAGUCCCUGGUGCUGCCCUCACUUCCGUUAGGGGCCACAUGCAGCCCUCUGUCCAUCCUCCGGCCCGGCCCUGGGUUGAGGGUUUUUAUAAA